AUGGCUUCGUACAAGACUGCCGUCCCUGGCAAGUCCUUCAAGACGUCGCUUAUGUACUCGGUCCCAGUACGACGUCUUAAGGAGAUACUUAGCCAUGUGGUACCGGAUAUGAAACUAGGAAGUGUCGAAGAAUUACCCUCUACCCAACUACCCAGACUAUACACUCUCAACAUGUCGAAUGACAACAAGCUUCUCCUAUCCUUUGCGCCCAGUUUAGCAGUUCGUCUCUUGAGACACGAGACCACGCUUCAGUACUCUGAAGCAACUCUCGUACAUUUCCUCGAUACAUCAUGUCAAAAAGCCAAUGGCAUGGAAGACGUAGAACAUGAUUUAGCAUCCAUCAAACUAGAAGACGUGAUACCGAAAAUGCUCAAGCAUUCAUCCAAUAACCGAGAGAUGGCAUUACCAUACACAAUAUUCGAACCGACGGCCGGUAAAACACUUUCUGCACUCUCAGUAUACCUCAGUCUACCCGACCGGCGCCUCAUCGACAAACAAGUCGGAUCUCUAACUCGAAGCUUAGCUUCCCUCACAUCACCCAACGGCACAUUUGGUACAGCAGCUCGAGUCCUCCCGGAUCCCUUCAAACAAUCGCCCCCUUCAGCCCCGUUAGGCUCAGGCUCCCCAACAUGGUCAGAAGCUUUCAAUACCUUACUUGAAUCAAUUCUACGCGAUGGAGAAGAUAUGGCCGUCUUACUUCCAUACGAUGUAGUGCGAUCACACUACCAACGUCUAUCUUGGCGCAUGGACGCCGUCAAACUUCCUAGAUUGGUACUACUGGAUCUGGGCGAACGGAACGUAAUGAUCGAGAAUGGAAUCAAAGAAGGCAGUUCGCACAUCCCGACUGAAAGUCUCAAAUUGACAGGGCUACGAAACUGGAGUCAGGGUGUCUUCGGAGAUCCAUUACUCUCAAAUGUUUUCGAAAAUCCUAGUGAAGGAUUCAUGGAAGGCUGGAAGGCAGGUGACGAAGAUGAUCUCAUCGAGGACACAGGAAAUGCAGAAGUACGAUUGUUGCUCUACCGCUGCUACAGAGCUGUACUGGGAAUAGUGACAGAAUACUACCGACCCCAAAACGACAGCAGUAGACGCGAGUUAGAAAACCGGAGAAAUUUAACCGCUGCUUUAUCAGAACUGGAAAAAGUGGAUGUUGCAGUCAAUGAUAUGCUCAAGAGAGCGCGAAGCCUGAGUUCGUCUGUAGCCCCGGAGGCGGAGAGUUCCAAGAGGCAAAAAAUUGGCAUCGAGGAUUUGGUGGAUGAAAAUUGA